UUCAUGUGCACCUUCGUGGUGCUCAUGGUGUACUCGUCGAUCGAGAUAAGGCGCCAGAUGCACGACCUCACCUCGCAGGACGCCGCCAACUACAGCACCGCCGCCGCCGGGAAGAUGAACGUCACGAAUCCGCCGCUCUUCGAGUGGCAGCAGCCAGCCGGCGGAGAGCGGGCCGGCGGAAGGAAGGGUGCCGAAAAUGAAAACAUCGUCCCGGACCGCGACCACGUCUUAGAGGACACGCCGGAAGAGCGUCGGAGGGCAAACCGCCGGUAUCAAUUUACUGACGCUUCUCCAUACGAUACAAUGAAGACGACGCUUAGCGCUGCGGGCACCGGAAGUGACGUCAAGCGGUCGCCGUCAUUCAGCGCUACCUAUCGGCUUACGACAACACCCGAGCGCGUCGCCGUCUCGCAUUCGUCGUCUGGAAUCACAAGCAUCAAACAGACGACAGACAGCAGCAACAGCAACUCUGCCUCUGUAGCCACCGUUCAUAAGAGGACGAUGGACGAGUCGUUCCGAAGGGGGAACCGAUCGUCGGCUAAGUUGCCGACUGUGACUCACUCACCCGGAAAGUUGCACGAAGUGACGAAAGUAUCACAAGCAUUAACUUCAAGAGCACGUGACGUCAGCGGUAACAAAGCUGGCGUCGGGACAAUCCGCACUUUGUCCGUUAGGCGGGGAAGCACUACGAUAAAAGCCACGUUUUUGCCGAAGAGGACCGGGAUUUGACAUGAACAAGUGUACCCGCAAUCUCAUAAACAACGGUGACGAUAACAAUUUUAGUAACUUAGUGCGUUCUGUUACGAAAGGUAAUAAAUG